GUGAGAGAGAUGCCUGCCAUUUCGAUAGAGCACUGAAGAAUGUGCGAAGAAGUGUUAUAAAAAGAACUUGACUCCAUUUGACAUUCUGAAGCUGACUCAUGCAGCACUCCAACAUGCAGAACGCGCCGCGCAUCACUUGAGGGCAGUUUCUAUAUGAUAUGGUACCGCUGGCUUUGGAAACGUCUGAGUGACAUUGAAGAACACGCAUUUUUGGAGAUCCCGAACCGAACCUUCCUCUCCAGCCAGUACUAGCUCAUCUACAGUCAGCAUCCGUACAUUCUGGACCUGUUACCAUUGGACUGGCACCACUGACCAUUUCACCCCGGUGUGGAUACUUGUACUGACCGCAGUGGUUGUGCGCGAUUUCCAGUGGACCCAAAUCGUUUUACUUUGCUUGGAUGAGUUUUCUAUGUAUUUUGUUUGCUUUGCUUUUUAAUAAUAGUUUCGCUGUGUCAUUAGCUCUUGAAUUCGGUAAGAACAGUUAAAUAAUGACUGUUUAAUGUCCACUCGUCCUUAAAAAAAAAAAUCUUUUUUAUGUGUUUAUGGGAUGCGUAAAAAGGAAAAACACUGCGCGUCCUAAAUUCACGUAGGAUUUUCGCGUCCCGGCCACAUUCCUGUGAAAAUCUAUGGAGUAAUGCAGCUUGAUUUGAACUUGCAUUGAGGAGGGUGCCUGGAUUAUUAUCUGCGGGACGGAGUGAGGAUGCAGUCGGGGAUGCGGGCGCUCUGUGCUGGCGGAGGCGCGUCUCUCUGCUGCCUGCUCAUGCUGUGGAUGAUCUACACCCACCUCCUUAAAGAAGGUCAGUUGGCAGUCGGCACAUGUGAGAUUGUGAUGUUGAAUAGAGACAGCAGUCAACCCAAGCGCACUAUCGCCAGGCAGACAGCCCGCUGUGCCUGCCGGAGAGGACAGAUCGCUGGCACCACACGGGCCCGACCAGCGUGCGUGGAUGCCCAUAUAGUGAAAAGCAAGCAGUGGUGUGAGAUGACUCCGUGUUCAGAGGGCGAGAUUUGCGGCCUGCUCUUAAAUCGCUCUGGAUGGACCUGCACCAAAGGCGGCGAGCGCAUUAAAACCGUCACGCCUCUGCCCAAAGAGCCAUCUUAAAGGACUUCAGACUGCCGUGAGGAGGUUUGCUGACAUUCACAGGAGCAACGACACCAAACAGGAAUUAUCCAUCAGUCCCGCACAUUUGUGUCCAUCCUCUCAUCUCGGAGCUAAAGAUAUCAGCCACCCCACUCAUCGCCCUCAAAACAGGAAAUAGAAACCGUGUGCCAUGGUUACAGUCACUCAAGCAUCCCUACUGUUACAUACAGGUCAUUGAGUCCCAGUGGUUGCCAUCACUUCUCGUAAACACAGCAGGAGACGUCUUGCGAACAUUUCUUUGCGAAACCUUGACAUUGUUCAUCUCCGCUGUUUAGGUUUUGAGAUCUUUUUAAAGCUUACAGUAGCCAGAAGAACAUUUUUGCUUGCUUUCCAGUUAAGCCAACGGAGAAGACUGCUAAUGUACCUUUCAAAUAAAGAUUAUAUGUUCAUUACGGAGAGCAGAGAGGUUGUUGUGUAAAAACAACUAGAUGGACAUGUACGGGUGUUAUUCACAGCCGCCAUCUGUCUCUUCAGAUCAAAGAUGUCUCAGUGAAAGGCCAAGGAUGUGUAAAGACCUUUAAAUAUACAGAAAAUAAAAUUGAAAUGGUUGAAUUGCGGACAAAUUCAUUCAGUACACUGAGAAAGUGGGACAAAGCAGCAGAUGACUAAUAUAUACUGUAGAUUUGAACUCUUGUGUCAUGCUUUGGCCAAAUGGAUUCUGUGCUGUUAGCUCUGUCUGAGAAUGGCAAUGCAUUGAUGGUGUCAACUCUUAUCAUGGGUGAUUUAAAGGCGAACAAUGUUUGGAUGUCAUCUGUUCCUUCUUUUCUGGGGCAUCUGUCUCACUCUGCUUUAAAUGUAUGUCUCUAAUGGAUAUAACAUUUCUAUUGAUACUUUAUUUUGACUGUAAAUUGACACUGCAAUGGAGUAUUUACCUAGAUAGGAAAUAAAGGGUGUGUCCAUGUAAAUCGUACACAACGCUUUGGGAAGUUUCUCCAUGAGUCAUGCUAAUUUGUUACUUAGCGACAACAUGAAGUUAACUUUUAAAAAACAUUUUUAUAAUCUUUUCUUUGAAAGAAAGAAAGAAAGAAAGAAAGGCCUGUUUGAGCAGUCCAUCAAUGUAAGCCAAUUGGAUUUUUGAUCGCCCGUGAUGGGAAAACUUUAAGUUCGAUCAGUUAGAAAAGACAAAGCAAAAUUAGAACAGUCUGAAGGUCUGUACCAAAUUUGGUGAAUGUUGCUUGAAAGCUGUAGGAGAAGUUACAUUUAAUAAUUCUGGUUUUUGUUUAGGGGUUUUGGAAAAAGCCUAAAGGCACUGUCACAUUUACCUUCGCACUGCAAAAUUCCACAGGCGAAAUACAGUAAUUUCAAUGGGAACCUGCGCGAUCGUGAAUUUUGCGCGGUGGACUUCCGAUGCCGAAGAAUUUCCCCAUGCAGAUUUUGCAUGAAGUUCAAGUUUGCUGAAGUUUGACAGGCAAAUUCACUGCAUUGACCAAUAGGAUCAUACACAGCUACACUGAAUAUUUAUAAUGGAAAAGGAUUUCAUUUUAGCAGAGAGUUUCUUUUUAACAUCACCCUCACAGAGUAUAAAGUGCUGAUUUAAAAAUAGGCUGCUUGACAAUUAGUUUUUUGUUGGUUUCACAUGCGCUCAACAUCCGCCCACGCCUUUUUCGCCAAUGGAAUUUCGCCGUGCAAAGGCAAAUGUGACCACGCCUUGAAAAUCCAAAAGUGUAGACCAGAAUGUUUGGCUUUUUCAAGCAAACAUAAUAACCAUUUUUAAACAGGUUUCUCAAACAUGUCUGCUAUUGGAAGGAAUGAACAGAUAGCCGCCCCAACUGGUCACCCCAGUGUUGUUAUGUUUGUUUGGUCAUGAUGCUCAAACAAACUGAGAAAUGUUUUGAUAGCACCACAGAGCCACAAAAUGUACACUCUUUCUUGGAAAUCAACCUACGAAUGGCUUACUUAUAGAUGACUCUGCAUUUAAGCUGGGAUAGGAUAGGUAUAUUAACAGUGAAAAAAUUACACCCUUCACCUUUAAUUCAUCUCUCCUUGUAGCCAGUGAAAAAGAUCAAACCAUAAAGGGUUAAACGAUGGCUGUAACUUCAUGUAGAAUAAAGAUAACCACAGUACAGGAAGAUGAAAGAGGGGUAGAAUAUGGUCACUUUCUGUGAACAGUAGUAAUUCAUCUGUCUCAAGGGCUGUGCCUGGUUCCCUGAGUUGUGAAUUUUAAUGGUGUUUUUAUGGUUCCUAAUAAAGUCUGUGAUGCUUCUGGCACAUAUGCAGAGCACGACA